GAUGGCGCCGCCCAUUACACUUCGGAGUAGCGAAGGUCUCCAGUUAAUACAGAAUCCUCCCAAUGACCUGAAAGCAACUCUAUUGUUUGAAGGUGAUAAUCGUGACAACCAGAUACGACGUAUGAGUUAUAAUAAAGAUGGUUCAAUGUUAGCUUGGUCUAAUCCUCAAAGCCUAUUUGUAACAGAAACUGAGAAAUGGACAAUAUUGGUGAAGAUAGACCAUGCUAAAGUUGUUGAUAUUAAACUCUCACCUAAAGGUAGUUUUCUAGCUACAUGGUCUCACUACACAGUUGAUCAGGCUACCAAGACGGGUCAACCUAAUUUACAUAUUUACUGUACUAAAACUGGUACCUUGUUAAAAUCAGUCAUACAGAAAAAACAACAAGGAUGGGAGCCACAAUGGAGUAACGAUGAAGGAAUUUGUGUGAGAAAUUCAAAUAAUGUUCUCCAUUUUUAUGAAGGAAAUAAAUUUGACAACAUCAAAACCAAGUUAGAUUUAUUUAAGAUAUCAGACUAUUCUCUGGCCCAGUGUUCACCUGGUAACUAUAUGAUAGCAGCUUAUUGUGCUGGUACAAAGGGACAGCCAUCAUUUGUUCGAGUUUAUAAAUAUCCUAAUUUUGGUGGACCAUCAAGUACACUGGCUAAUAAAAGUUUCUUCAAAGCUGAGAGAAUCCAUUUAUACUGGAAUAAGAUAGGUACAGCAUUGGUCGUGUUAACAUCAACAGAAUCUUCAGAUAGUUCAUACUAUGGUGAUCAGGGUUUACAUUAUAUCAGUCUUCGUGGUGAAACAUGUCUCGUUCCUCUAGAUAAAAAUGGUCCAGUCUAUAAUGUAGAAUGGAAUCCAACAAGUACAGAAUUUGCUGUAGUUUAUGGUUAUAUGCCAGCUAAAGUUGCUUUGUUCAAUUUGAAGUGCGAUAUGGUGUUUGAUUUUGGAACUGGACCUAGAAAUUUAACUUAUUAUAAUCCUCAAGGCAACAUUCUCUGUAUCGCUGGGUUCGGAAAUCUUAGUGGUAAUUUAGAAUUCUGGGAUGUUAAACAGAAGAAACUCAUCUUUCAAACUCAGGCAUCUGAUUCAACUUUAUUUGAAUGGAGUCCAGAUGGUCAACAUGUCCUCACAGCAACAACUGCACCUAGAUUACGCGUUGGAAAUGGAUUUAAGAUCUGGCACUAUACAGGAAGUCUACUAGCUAACAUAGCAACCCCACAGUACCAGGAAUUAUGGGAUGUAAAAUGGUGUCCUGCGCCAGACGGGAAAUAUAAGGAAGAAAGAAUUUCAUAUACACCAGUUGAAUCGAAACUUGAGGCUCCUAAACCUCAAGCUAAAGCUGCGCCAUACAGACCACCCAGUGCCCGAGGUACAGCUACAUCAUUUAAACUACAUGAAUAUGAACUUCCUUCCAAUCAGAAACCAAAACCAGGAGCAGUAGCCAAUGCACCAUUGACUAAAAAUCAAAAGAAAAAAGCCAAUAAGAAGGCUAAAAAUCAGGCUGAGAGAGAAGAAAGAGAAGCCUCAGGUAAGACUGACCCGCCUCGACCAGAAGGUGCUAUAGUUGUAGAGAAAGCUAAUACUGGAGAUCCAGCUAAAGACAAAUCUAUUGAUAAAAUUAGAAAGAAAUUGCAUCAGAUUGAGAAACUUAAAGAGGCUCAAAAAUCAGGAAAACAGUUACAAGAACAGGAGAAAGUGAAAUUGGCCACAGAAUCAGAAUUAAUAAAAGAAUUGGCUGGUCUAGGAAUAUCAGUCAAACGUAGUUGA